AUGUCGGCAUCAACGGUGUCUCUCACCGCUACUACGACGACGACGGCGAUUAGGCGGACCCCGGUUCUCUCCGGUGAGAAGAAAUCUAACUUUGAUCUCCCUCCCAGCGAAUCGCAGUCGCAUGCGAAUGCGGCCGUCGGAGAGUCCGCCGGUACGAACCGGGAUCCGAUUCGCGGCGAGACCGCCGCCGAGAGAUCCAACAGCUACGACGUGGGCCCGGUGACAAGGAAAUCGGGAUCCGCCGCGACGGGGACUAACACGACCACCACGCAGCGUCGAACCCGGAAAACCCAGGGGGCUAAAGCAGAGAAGACGCAGUGGAAGAGAGUGGCUAGGGUAUUCGCGAAGCAGUUCGUGGCUCUUCUGUUACUCGCUGGGUUGAUUCAAUUGAUUAGGAAAGUGACUAUGAAGGAUACGCCUCUAUCUCCCUCGACUUUCCCGAUCGAGACGGAGAUGGUUUUGUCAGAAUUGGAGAGCCGGAUCUCAGCAGUCGAUGGUUUAGUAAAGACGACGACGAAGAUGAUGCAAGUCCAAGUCGAAUUUCUCGAUAAGAAGAUGGAGAGCGAAACAAGAGCGCUGAGGAAGACAAUCGAUUCCACGUCUUCUCAAUUGCAAUCCGAAUUGAAGAAGAUAGAGUCUAGGACAGAGACGCUUCAGGCUUCCGUAGACGAAGUAAAUUCGAAACCUUUGGUGUCUAGAGAGGAAUUAGAGAGGGUUUACGAGGAGUUGAAGAAGGGUAAGGUCGAUGUUUCUGGUGUUAGCGACGUUAACAUUGAUGAAUUGAGAGCUUAUGCUCGUGACAUAGUUGAGAAAGAGAUCGGAAAGCAUGCUGCAGAUGGCCUUGGCAGAGUAGACUAUGCAUUAGCGUCUGGUGGUGCUUUUGUAGUGGAUCAUUCGGAUCCUUAUCUUGUUGGAAAGGGUGGUAAUUGGUUCGGGACUAGCUUGCGACGGGUUCAUAGCACAGCGGCUAAGAUGCUGACUCCGAGUUUUGGAGAGCCUGGACAGUGUUUUCCUCUGAAAGGAACCGAUGGCUAUGUUCAAGUCAGGCUAAGAACGCCUAUAAUACCAGAGGCUGUAACGUUGGAACAUGUCUCUAAGGCUGUGGCGUAUGACAGAUCGAGCGCCCCAAAGGAUUGCCGUGUAUCAGGAUGGCUAGAAGAUAAAGAUACGGAGAGUGAGACAAGGCUUCUUCUUACAGAGUUCAGUUACGACUUGGAUAGGUCCAACGCACAGACGUUUGACGUUGCAGACUCUGCUCAUUCGGGACUUGUCAACACUGUGAGGCUAGACUUCGCAUCCAACCAUGGAAGCUCUUCACACACUUGCAUAUACCGCUUCAGGGUUCAUGGCCGUGAACUAGACUCUGUCUCUGUUGUUCAUGCUUGA